UUUAUAAAAGGACAGUUAUUUUGCUUCGCAAUUCAUUUCUAGUUUUCACUGUUUUUUAAUCGAAUUCUGACAACUGCAAUCGAGAUGAAAGAAAUCAAUUUAACUGUUGGAGCUUUUUCUGUAAGCAAUUUAACUGUUUGGUUGCAUCUUUGACUUAAUAUUUUGUAUGUUAUUGAAGGUGCCAUUUGCCGAAGGAUUUGUCGAAGAAGAUGAUCAAGUUGUUCCUAAAUUGAAGUCUCUUAAACGAUUUGCAGCCAUUCUCUCGGAUUAUGGUCCUUUCAAUUUGAAAUUCAUUUUACCCAAGGAAGGACAAUUGGGAGUGCUAACAGAGACUGGUUAUCAUGAUGGAGCUUUAGGUUUAUUACAAGAAGUUGUAAGUACAGUUCAUGUGGCAAGUGAGUUCGUACAAGUCUGUCAUUUCGAUACACAAACAAAAUUUUCUCUUUUGUACUUUGAUUUAACUUUCUUUUGACUCAUGAACACUAGACGGUUGAUAUGUGCUUAUUGCCAUUACCGUUGGAUACCCAAAUGGCUCCUGGUAUUUUCACUCCAGUUAUAUCAGAAAUGGACUAUUACAUCCUUACACAUCGUUAUUUAAAUGAUGCAAGUUCAGCUCUCAUCUCAAGCUUGACUUCAGUACAAGCGAUUCCUUUAUUAUUAGCUAUUGUAACAAUAUGAAUAUUGGAGUUAAUUGCUGUUAAACACUUCAAAAUUGAAGCAUUGCUCACAGCCAUCUUUAGAUCCUUCGGUAUCUCAUUUUACCAGGAUUUAUCUCAUCGAUCAUUAUGGCUUUGCUUCAUUCAAAUGCUAAUUUUAAUGUUUCCAGUAUUCAUCUUUGAUGCUGCAUUCAGUACCCAAACUAUAGUUGGAGACAGGGAUUACAAGAUUGAUACAUUGAGAGAUGUUAUUAAACAAGGAAAUAUGCCUUAUUUUAUCCAAGGCAUUUCAAUGUAUGACUUCUUCAAAGGCAAAGUCAAUAAAGACUAUGCUGAGAUCUAUGAACGGGCCGUUGCCAAUGGAUUUGGUGAACCAAUGCCAUUAGGACCUAUUGCCGAUAAAUAUAGAUUAGAAAAGUUGGCCACUUUCGUUUCUGAUAUUGGAAGGAAACUGGCUCCAUUGUUUGCUGCUGGAUCUAAUUUGCUUAAACCUAAUCAAGUACAAUAUUUUUCAGCAAAACCUUUUCAUAAAUCAUUACAAGCAAUACUUUUCAGCCAUAAUACUUCCGACUACCUGAGAAAAAAGUAUGAUACUCUAUCUCGUCGGAUGAUCCAAGGUGGCAUUUUUGCGAAAGUAGAAGGAGAUAUUUACGUUGACUUCAUUCUUUCCUUUUAUCCUGCAACCUUAUACGACUUUCACAAGUCUGAAGCUCCUGGUAAAGGCGAUCAUCUCAAUUGGCAAUCAUUAAAUUACAAGGGGUGCUAUAAAAUAUUUUAUACACUCAUCUUUGUUUUGAUUCUGUCAAUAUUUGUGCUGCUUAUUGAGUUGAUUGUUGCUUUCCUCGCUCGAUUCAGGUGAAUGGGAUAAAAAAUAUAUUAACUAUUUAAACUAUUAAAAUUACAGUAUCCGAC